AUGCCUUCUUCUCCAGUCGUGGCCAACAAUAGUCACUCUGCACCUGCGUUGCCUCUUGUUACAAGCAUACCUCUACCUCUUCCCGAGUACAUCGUUCGACUGGCUCGUACACGCUUGGAUCGCGAGAUCGUGCUCAUUCUAGACGAUACUGGCAGGCCGUCGGACGCUAGAAUCUCCUCCUUGACGUGGCGACAUGUUCUUACACAUGUGCAUCGUCGUGCUGGGUUUAUCCUCAAGGCAACUGGUAGGGCACCGCGCAAGCUGGGAGAAGAAGCAGUCAAUGUCGGAUUAUUGGCCAGAAGUGACUACUCGUAUUUUGUCACCCUUAUGGCGAUGAUUAUGCUUCGUUGGACUGUUCUGCUCAUCUCUCCGCGUAAUUCACCAGAGGCCAUCAAAUCCCUUAUGCAAUCCGUCGGCGGGGUGUAUUUGAUCGUUGAUGCUGAGUCGAGCGCGCUCGCAGCGAGUGUCGCCAGUAACUCUUUCGAGACAGUCCAUGCUCCGAAGGACGAUCAUGUAGCAGAUCAACUCACAUCUCAGUCUGAGCUUGCUGAGUGGGAUAAUUUUCUCGGUUAUGCCACAGACUUGAACUUGGCCGAAGAGGCCCGCAGGCCUGUGGUGCAUCUGCACACCUCUGGCUCCACAGGCACGUGUAUCCUUGAACUUUUUCCAAUAUUCAGUCUCAUGGGCUAUGUUGAUAAAGGCCAUCCGAAGAAGAUCCCCUGGACCCAUGAGUUCACGGUGACUUUGUCCCACGUAAUGCGCAAGGAUCGUCCGGAGGCGGUUGACACGAUUGUCUAUACACCGCUGCCUUUAUACCACGCUACUGGACACACCUUAUCGAUUAUCACUCUUCUUGGGACAGGAGGUGUUUAUACCUUUGUCAAUACACGUCACCCUAUCUCGGUAUCACUCGUAUUACGCCAACUUUCACUCUUCGGACCUAAGCUACAGGACGUCGACCUCGUGUUAGCUCCAAGCAUCAUAGAAGAUCUUAUCGGAGGUGAAACGAAGGACCAAGGACUACAGGCUCUUCGCACGGUGCACAUGGUUCUGUUCUGCGGCGCACCUCUCAAAAAAGAUAUUGGCGAUUUCCUAGUCAAGAGUGGUGUCUGUCUCAUGGCCGGUUAUGGAAUGACAGAGACAGGCUUACUAGCGCGCAUGUCUCCUAGCGUUGACAGGGACCCGUUGGACUGGGAUUACUAUUGCUUCCUCGACGACUAUAACGUCAAGCUGGAUCCUGUAGACGAAGCUGGCUUGUUGCAUAGUUUGCUUGUGAUGCCGGGCACAAUCACGCCUUGUGUACUCAAUCAAGGCGAUCCGAUUGCUUUCAAGACAGGUGAUCUGUGGCUUCACCACCCCGAUCCAACGAAAGCACACUUGUGGAAGCAUGCGGGACGCGCAGACGACGUGGUUCGUCAUUUGUCGGUCUUGUGUCCUCGUACCAAUCGUUUUCCAGAUACACUCCUCCGCAUAUCUCCUCAUAUUACACAUACCGCCAUCUUUGGCUCUGGCAGAUUCAUGAACGGUGCUAUCCUCGAGCCGUCAGCUCCUCUCGUCCCAUAUACUACCAAGACCGUCUCCGCCUAUCUCGACGUUGUCUGGCCACAUAUAUUCGACCAUGUCAAUCCCAUUUUACCCCAACACUCUCGCCUUGUUCGCUCCCUCGUACUUGUGGCCAAGCCUGACAAGGCGAUGCUGCUCACAGAUAAGGGUACUGUGAAGGUGAAGCUGACAUUGGCCAUGUAUGAGGAAGAAAUCGAGCAAGCGUACCAGGCCAUGGAGGAUGGUGAGGGACUAGAACUUGGCAUGCCACAAUCUGGCUUCCUGCCAGGGGAUGUGAAUGCACUGAGGCGAUUUUUGCGUGCAGCCAUGGCCAAUGUGCUGCACCACGCAGUUGGAGAUGAGGACGACUUGUUCGAUGCGGGUUUGGAUUCUCUUCUUGCGAUCAGAGUUCGAUCGUCUAUCGUUUCAGCGAUCAGGAGGUCGGGACGUUCGGCGCACGUAUCCAGGAAUGUCGUCUAUUCAUACCCCACUAUAUCGUCUUUGGUCCACUUCCUUCAAACUGCUCUUGCGUCGGAUAGCGAAGCGGGCCACUCCGAGGACAUUCAUAUACAGAUUGAGCGGACCAUUGCCGAGUUCACCGCCAAUCUCCCCUAUCAUCAAUCCCCCUCUACCUCUUCCAUGACCCUCGACUCUGGCGCAGUGUAUGCCGUCACUGGGACGACUGGGUCGUUGGGCUCGUUUUACAUCUCUUUACUCCUGCGCGAGCCAGACGUCCAUAAGGUGUACCUGCUCAACCGAUCGAGCAAAUCGGCGACUGUUGAACAGAGGCAGAAAGACUCCUUCUUAGACAAAGGUCUUGAUUAUGGGGUGGUUGACCAGGCAAUUGCUAAUGGUCGAGCUGUAUACCUCGAGAUCGACUUGAGCCGGAAGGAUCUAGGCUUAAGCCAGAAGGCGUAUAAGCAGUUGCGCUCCGAAGUCACGCACAUCGUACACAAUGCUUGGCUGCUGAAUUUCAACCUCAUAUUGCCUUCAUUCAAGACCCAUGUUGCCGGUGUGCGUAACAUCAUAGAUCUCUCGCUCUCGUCUCCACGCCCUGCUCCUCCACAUGUCACCUUCAUCUCCUCCGUUGCAGCCGCAGGACGAUACCCCGGCCCCAAUUCCGUACCAGAAGCACCUAUUUCUUCAUCGCACAUAUGUCUUGAACAAGGUUAUGCUCACUCUAAGUAUGUCGCUGAGAAGAUACUUGAAGAAGCUGUGAAGCAGCGAUCCGACUUCCGUGCAACUAUUAUCAGGACUGGUCAGCUAUCUGGAGCCGAGGAAACCGGCGCCUGGGCAAGGUCAGAAAAUAUGCCUAUCUUGUUCCAGAGUUGUUUGCAGCUUGGAAUCGUGCCAGAAGAUCUUCCGCCAGUGCGCUGGCUUCCCGUGAAUGUAGCUGCCGAGAUCCUCAAUAAAGAGGUUUCUUUCAGCUCGGCCGCGACAUUUGAAGGAUCCAGGAUCCAAUUCUACAGCCUUGAUAACGGACUCUCCGCACCGUGGUCUCUGAUCGCUCACGCGCUUGUGACAUCCCGCCCCGAAAACCUCAGGCUCGUCACUAUGGAACAGUGGCUUGAUCAAGUGAUGGCCAACCCUGAUACGCCUGCAGCGAAGCUUCUCGAGUUUUUCAAAGACUUGCAUGGAGGCGAUAUCAUUCAAGGAUUAGACGUCACGCGUGCCAGGCAAGUGGCAGGGGAUAUUGUGGAUUAUGAGAUCAGGACGGAUUUGGUGACGAAAUACGUUAAUUAUGCUACAGCAUAG